AUGGCGACCGUCUCGCUGCUCAACGUGUCUGUCCGCAACAACCCGGCGCAAUUCGACGCUCCAUACGAAUUCGAAAUCACCUUCGAGUGCCUCGAGCCAUUGCAGAAGGACCUCGAGUGGAAGCUGACCUACGUUGGCUCCGCUACCUCGUAAGUAUCGCAACACCCUUCUGCCCCUCAUCCCGCACCCUUCCAGCCAACAGCCAGCCAACAGCCAGCAAUAGCAGCAUCGCUGACAGGUCGCGUGUAGAUCCGAGCACGACCAAGAGCUGGACUCACUUCUCGUCGGCCCGAUCCCAGUAGGCGUGAACAAGUUCGUCUUCGAGGCCGAUCCACCGAACACCACGCGCAUUCCAGCUACGGACAUCCUUGGCGUCACUGUCAUCCUCCUGUCCUGCUCCUACGAUGAUCGCGAAUUCGUACGUGUUGGCUACUACGUCAACAACGAAUACAUCGACCCAGCCAUGAACGAGGAGCCGCCAGCUAAGCCGGUCAUUGAGAAGAUUCGCCGCAACAUUCUCGCAGACAAGCCUCGUGUCACCCGCUUCCAGAUCAAGUGGGAUUCGGAAGAGAGCGCUCCCAGCGAAUUCCCACCAGAGCAGCCCGACGUUGAUGCUCAGGAGGACGACGGUGCACAAUACGGAGCUGACGAGCUCGAAGAGGAAGAAUCUCUCAUCGCUGCUGCCGAGGGCGAGAAUGCCACCGUCAAGAAUGAGGGCGAGGACGCCGACAUGGAGGGCGUCGAGAACGCAGAGGGCAAGGACGAGGAUGAGGAGUCGGACGCUGGCAGCGAAGAUCUCGAAGCCGAGAGCGACGGCGACGAUGACGAAGAUCUGGAGGAAGAAGACGGCGAGGGUACGUGCGAAAGGGCGCCCAUUGGACUGGAUCCGAAACAGUGCUGACUUCCACAGGUGAGGCCAACGGCGGCGACGAGAUGGAGAUGGAUGAUGCUGGCCCCACGAACGGCAACACUCACCCGGAACACCAACAUCAACCGGCAGAUGUUAUGGUGCACUAG